GGAAGGGGGCGCAUCGCUGCUCAUUGUCUGUCCCGCCUGGGUGGGUGGGUGGGUGGGGGCGGGGCCUGGGGUUGAUCGAGGGGGCGGGGCGCUACGGUGCUUGUUUUUGCUGGGGCUGCCCCGGGAGCCCGGAGCUGCUGUGAUCGCUGGGAGUGGGAGGCGCGUGAAGCUCCGGGUGCUGCGUGUUCGGUCCGCGGGAGCCGGAGCUCGGGAGCUGUAGGGGUAUAGAACGCUGCUCAUCUGCAGUCGCCGCGAUGUCAGCCGCCUGCUGCGCAGGCCAGUUGGCGUGUUGCUGUGGAUAUGCUGGGUGUGCCCUGUGCUGUAAAUGCUGUCCCCGGAUCCGGCAGUCCAGGAGCACUCGCUUCAUGUAUGCAUUCUACUUCAUCCUCAUUUCUCUCAUCUGCUGUAUCAUGAUGUCCAAAACGGUAGCCACAGAGAUGAGGAAACAUAUUCCUUUUUAUGAAGAUAUUUGCAAAGGCAUUAAAGCCGGGGACACUUGUGAGAAGCUGGUGGGCUACUCUGCAGUUUACAGAGUGUGUUUCGGGAUGGCCUGUUUCUUCUUCCUCUUCUGUUUAUUUACAGUCAAGAUUAACAACAGCAAGAGCUGCCGAGCCUACAUUCACAAUGGAUUCUGGUUCUUUAAACUUUUACUCUUGGUGGCCAUGUGCUCAGGAGCAUUCUUCAUUCCAGACCAGGACACAUUCCUGAACGUAUGGCGCUAUGUGGGAGCCGUUGGAGCAUUUGUCUUUAUAGGAAUACAGCUCAUCCUACUUGUGGAGUUUGCACAUAAAUGGAAUAAAAACUGGACCGCAGGGACCGUUCAUAAUAAGAUGUGGUACGCCUUCCUUGCCCUGGUGACUCUUCUCAUGUACACGAUUGCUGUGGGAGCUCUGCUUCUGAUGGCCUGGUUUUACACAUGGGAGGAAGAAUGCUUGCAGAACAAAAUUUUCAUCGGUGUCAAUGGAGGCCUCUGCCUGCUUAUUUCACUGGUAGCCAUCUCGCCCUGUGUACAAAAUCGGCAGCCUCACUCCGGGUUACUGCAGUCGGGACUCAUUAGCUGUUACGUCACCUAUCUCACCUUCUCGGCUCUCUCCAGCAAGCCUGUAGAGACAAUUUUGGAUAAAAACCAGAAGAACAUAACCAUCUGUUCACCUAACUUUGGCCAAGGUCUCUAUAGAGAUGAAAACCUGGUCACGGGGCUGGGUACUGCUCUCCUGUUUGCUUGCAUCUUGUAUUCUUGUUUAACAUCAACGACCCGGUCAAGUUCUGAGGCUCUGAGGGGAAGAUACGCUGCCCCUGAACUGGAAGUAGCUCGUUGCUGUUUUUGCUUUGCUCCAGAUGGAGAAGCAGAUGCUGAGGAACCAGAUGCUCGGAGGGGAGGACAGCAAGUCAUCUAUGAUGAAAAGAAAGGCACGGUCUAUAGCUAUACCUACUUUCAUUUUGUCUUUUUCUUGGCUUCCCUUUAUGUGAUGAUGACAGUCACCAACUGGUUUAACUAUGAAGGUGCCCACAUUGAAAAAUUCUUCAGCGGAAGCACAUCUUUUUUCUGGGUCAAGAUGGCAUCUUGUUGGAUGUGUGUCCUCAUCUAUCUGUGGACCCUCAUAGCCCCUCUCUGCUGCCCUGCCAGAGAAUUCUCCGUAUGAAAGAUCUGAGAGUCCUUCUUUUAUCAAUAACUGUCAGUUAUGUCAGUUGUACCUGUCAGUUUGACCAAUCUGCCAACUAAAAGACUGUAUUUUUAAAAGGUUUUUUAAAAAAGUAAUGAGUAACAUGAGUUAUGAUUGGAGUCCUAAAUAACACCCACGAAGUCCCCCAAACCAGGUUGGCCCAAACUGGGUCAGGAAAAGCACGCAUUCUACCAGAAUGUUCGGGUUAUAUUGAGUUCCUGUCCUUGUGAUAUAAUGAAGGAAACAUACCAGUCAUUAUGGGAAGCAUUUAAAAAAAAAUUUUAGAAGGAAGAAUUGUUUGGAUCUACACUGAUCAUAGAUGAUACACACUAUAUAUAUGCUCUUGACUUCCAUGACCUUUUAUAAUAAGAUGCGGCAGUAAGUCCAAGUUCAACAAAUAUUAAUUAAGUGCCUAUGAUGUGCAAAGCACAAUACUAGGUGCUGGGAUGGGGAAGUUGUUAGGAUAAGAUGCGGUUCCCUACCUUCAAGAGGCUGAUAGUCUAUUAAGUCUCAUUUGACAAAUAUACAAGUAACUGAACUAGAAUACAGGUUUCCAAAAGUAGGAUUCCAAAGGGCUUAGUGGUUUUUUGCAUUUAUUUUCAGGGUUUUUUCCCCCUCCAGAAAUCUGGUUCAGAAAUGUAAAAGUCCUUUAUUAUUUUUUUUCAGCAGACUUUCCUCCCUCCCCCCCAACGGAGAUCAAGGGUUCAGCAUAUUUUUAUAGGGGAAAAAAACAAGUUUCUGUUGUCUGAAAUCCCUAUUCUAUGUACAGAAUGACACUGGGUGGUCUGGAGCUCAGCCUUGGACAGGCCCAGCCUCUGCACCCGAAACACUAAGAUGGCUUGUGUCCUUUGUGAAGUCCUAAGCAUGGUGUUCUGGCCAUAUUCCUCAUUGUUCACAACUUUCUAAUAUUUAGGGAGGGAAGGAGGAAGCGCCUGCUUUCAAGGGAGGUGAAAUCUCUCUUUUGAGGCAGGUGGGAUCUAGUGACUGGAUGCCUUUACACCAAUCCCAGGGCUUUUUUCAGUCCUGUUUCCCUGUGGGUCUUAAAUGUCUUUCCUUCAACUUGUGAUGCUGGAAAUCACAGAUAUAAUUUACUGUCGUCCUUGUCUCUGUGGGCCCCCUAACCCAUCCUCUCCCACCUCUUUGUUAUAAUGUGAAUAAGCACAAUUUGUUGACAAACAUAGUCUCACCUUAUUGUUAUUACUUGAUCAAAGUAUUGCAAUAAUUACAAUGAUUAUUUGUAUUGUUGCACAUGACUUCAAGGUUGUCUUUUUCCUUACCUAAACUGUGGAUAGAUGCUUAGAUAGGUUUUUUUUUUUAAUUGUAAGUACUUUUAAUAACAAUAUUCUUUAAAGGGCUUAUAUCCCAGAAUUAUUUUUUGGCUAAAACCUGCUGAGCAUACCCAUUAGUCUCUGAGUAACUCUUUCCCAACAAAUUUGUUAUUUCUGUGCUUUAAGAGGGCUUUGAUGAAUUUCUAGCUUCGGUCACGUUCUCUAAACUAUUAACGCCUUUGUUGUUUUUCUGGGAUAUCAUGCCCUAAGAGAACCUUGGGACCAGAGUCAAACAGUUCUUUUGUUAAUGUGACUCCUAGACUUAAGAUGGGGAUCCCUUGUGUUUAUGGUCUGAUUGACAUAAAGCAUCCUUGGGCCAUUUUGUGAAAUCAGUGCUUCUCUUAAGUAUUUACUGUGAGAAACUGGACUUCUGGCCAUUGCAUAAGGAAGACUCUUACAAUUAAAUUCAGCUCCAAAUUAAAUUAAAAUCUGUCAUACUCUGCUGAAUAGCCCUAGGUGCUUAAAAUAGAUGUGAUGGAGGAAAUCUACAUUUGGUAUUUCUAGACUUUCCUGAACCAUUCUUGGCUUAGAAAUGAGAGAGGAGUGGGAGCUGAGCAACAUUCAGAAGAGCUUGGGGACAAGGUUCUGUAGAGGUUCAGCCUCAGAGCUUUCUUUCCCCUUCUGUGGGUAGGGAGGAUUUUUUGUGGAGGGAGGGGGGAGAAUUUCUUACUUUCUGUCUUAGAAUUAAUACAGUGUUCCAAGGCAGAAGAGUAGUAAUGCCCAGGCGGGGUGGUGGUGGGGGGUGGUAUGUGACUUGCCCAGAGUCAGACAGCUAAGAAGUAUCUGAAAUCAGAUUUGAACCCAGGACCUCCUAUCUCCAAGUCUAGCUCUCUGGCCCCUGAGCCAUUUAGCUGUCCCUGGGAGGAAAUUCUAAACUGAGCUAAAUGAAAAUAGUUUUUUGCCUAAAGGAUGUAGUAGAUAGUAGAAGUAGUCCACCGUAUGCCAAAUGCUGGGGUUAGAAAAGAGCAUGAAUCUAAUGAUAAUAUAUUCAUUCCAUUCCCCUUCUUCUGGCAUUGUCCUCCAUCUAUAUUUCCCUUUCUUCCUCCCUUAACCCCAUCACUGUCAGUGAUAAUGGAUUGAUAAUUCUACAAGUAUGUGAGUAUAUCACUCAGACACAGAUAUGUGUAUGAUUUAUCUGCACAUGAUACAUACAAUUGUGCAUGUAUUUUAUAUUGGUCAUAGGGUUAAGUUUUUAAAUAGUCAGAUUUUUUUCCUUUGUGAAAUGGUGGGGGAAAAAAAAACAAUUAUCAAUCACCACAGAAAGCACUUUUUUUUUCAUAUUAGAAGCAAGAAUUGUUGGAAUCCACACUAUUUAUGGAUAACAUCAUAUUGUACAUAUGUUUAUGAAUUCUGUCAUAUUUUACUACAAGGGAGUAUCACAAAGAACAGCAGAGAAAAAAGCCCAAUUAACCAUUUGGUGUCAUGACUUGAAGUAAAUAGGUGUAUACUAAUUCUGGAAUCCCUUGCUGUGUCAUAGCUUUGUAGCUUUGCAAAGCAUCCAUGACAAUCGUUGCCAUUAUUAGCAGUUUAGAGAUGCAGUAUUGUCCGGGAGUCAGGGAGUUCCUCUGAUUUGGGGUUGGGUUGGAUGAGCAUUGGGAGGAGCUUUCAGUAGAACUUAGAAAGAUCUGAACUGUUUUUGGAGAAGAUAUGAGUAGGUUUUUGGUGGUGGUGGUAAAGGUUUUACUGUCUGAGGAGAGGGCAUCAUAUUUCUUAGCUUUCCCAUACAUUCUUCCUUUACCUGGGCUCUGUAACUGAGACAGAAUCCAAAUUCAAGGAGUAUCUUGAGACCCUCUAAUUGGCUAGGUUUUACUCAGGUGAGAGAGUGGUUUUCUUCUGCUUCCUAGAGCAUCCACUGGCAAAAAUUCAGGGUACCCAUGACCAAGUACUAUUUCUUUCUUUUUUUUCCCCCUUUAAACCCUUACCUUCCAUCUUGGAGUCAAUACUGUGUAUUGGUUCUAAGACAAAAGAGCAGUAGGGGCUAGGUAAUGGGGGUUAAGUGAUUUGCACAGAGUCAUACAGCUAGGAAGUAUCUGAGGGCAGAUUUGAACCCAGGACCUUUCAUCUCUAGGCUUGGUUCUCAAUCCACUGAGCCACCCAGUUUACCCCCAUCCCCCAAGUACCAUUUCAAAGAGACCAUGGCCCCAGUUUGGAAUUUCCAUCAUCAACCAGUCCAAUUCCAUUCCCAGGUAUAGCUUUCAAAGAUUUGGUAAGUGGCAUAUUACUGUCUUUUAAAAACCUGAAAUACUCAAGUACUGUUUAAUCCUUUCCCCUUUCAUUUUAAAUGUUUCUGCUGAUGCCUAUAAAAUGGGGUGGAUGUGCCCAAAGUACUGGUGACCUAGGGGACAUCUGUGGAAAUCUAUCUUAUUUAUUAUAGUAAUAAGCAAUGCUCAGGUGAUGAUGAUGGGUCAGCGUGUAUGCAUGCCUACCUUUUUGUGCUAUUGGAGGUUGUGAUUCUGGUGAUAGAGAAACUGGAAAAAAAAAUCCAUACAACCCCGUGCCAACUUCGGUUACCUGCUUUGGACUUGAUCAUCUCACUGGACUUUACCAAAAAGGUGAAGCCUUGUGUAUAAUUAAAGAAAUGACUCUCGGUUGUCUAUUUUAUAAGAGUCCCUCCUUCACAGAAGCUGGAGAGAGCUAUAGAAAAGCUCUGUGUUUUUAACCUCUUCCUUUCUUUCACCCUCUCUUAGAAAUAGCGGAACAAUAAGCCCUUCUUUUCCUUUUUGCCUGUUUUCGUUAAUGAUGAAAACACUAAGAUGGAGGUCUCUAGGAAUUAUUGUACAACUACACGUGUUGACUAUAGCAUCCUUCUGGAAAUCAGCCUCCCUAUUUACUAUAUAAGCUUAUUUAGGGGGUUUGCUCAACGGAUCUUAUUCUUAAACAUGCCACAUUUAACACUGCUUGAUGAGUCCUUAGUGUCAGCUUUCAGAAAUAUAUCUGUGUGUGUGUGUGUGUGUGUGUGUGUGUGUGUGUUACUACCUUGUGGAAAGGUAUGAAGCCACCUCUUUUGGAGCAGUUGGGCAAAGGGAUAUGAAAGAGAUGGAAAGGGGGGUGGCAUUUUUAAGGACUUUAGUUCGAGUUUCUGUGCCAAUGAUAGGAAGGUUUUCUAGCUGGGAGGUUUCCAUGUUUCCGUCUUUUCUAGUCUCUUAGAGGGAUUUGCCCAGUGAGCCACCAUGAGUAUUAGGUUAGAAUCUCUGUAACAAAGACUAUCCUUUACCCAGGCAGUAUAUGGCAUUAAUUAAUUGGUUUUUUUCUCUCCUGGGAGUUUACUUACACUGGUGCUUCAUGUUGUCCUAGAAAAGGGAAUCCCAGGGAUUGUAUUUAAACCACCAGGGCUCUUCAUCCCUGCCCUCCUUUCUUCCUCUUUAAAUACUGUCAUUUUGAUGAGCUCUUGAAUAUAUACCCUUUUAAGUGAAAGAAUAUUCCCUUGUAAAAGGAGAGUGAAGCCGGGUGUCAGGAACAUCCCGUCCCCAGGAAGAAUUCUGGGUGAAACUUCAGUCAGGGAGGACCAAUGACAGUUUGAAUUGCUAAGAGGUUUACCUUUAGCUUAUAGGUCAUCUCCUGAUUCUAGCCUGCUUGUAGCAUUGAGUGUAUUUUCCUUCACUUGUCAUGUAAUCAAUACCGUGUCGGCAACUUUGAACUCAGUGCUGUGUUCUGGGUGCAAUUAGGAUUUCCUCAGGACCUUCCACAACCUGAGACCCAGGGGAGUAAUCCACAUAAACCAUGGGAAAUAGAAUGGUUCAGUUUGAAGUCUGCAUCUUUCGGCUCUUCCAGACCCUACCCCUCGCCCCCAAGUAUUUUAGGGCUGUUUAAUGAGAACCACAGAGGCAGUCAUUUUGGAAGAUGGGAAUAGUAUUUUGCUUUUAACCAAAGAGUCCCCCUUUUAAGAAAAUUUUUAAAAAAGUCAUUUUGAGAAGUAACUUAACAGAAAGAAAAUAAAGCGAAGUAAAAAUUCAAAUGUAGAAGUUGGAUCGUAUUUAUAUGAGCAAGGUUUAAUGAAAGUAACUCAUUGAGGUGAUCCUUUCUGGUGAAGGAGCCUGGGAAAUUCUUUCAGGUGAAGCUUGUGGCAGAUUUAUAAUAUAUGUCUUUAAAGGAUAUUUAUAAGAAAUUUAAGAGGAUGCUUUUUUCCCUUCAAUAAAGAUUGAAAUUUAACUUUAUUUACAAAAAUGGCUGCAAAAAAUUUUUGCAAUUUUUUAACUUAGAUGAUGUUUUACAAGAAAUAUUUUUAAAAUGUUUUUACUUUCCUGAAACAAAGACUUUUUUUAAAUGUAGCUUUUGGAAUGUUUUUACUUAGCUGUAGUCAAAUAAUGUGGGCAUGUUUGCUAGAUUAGAGGUUAAAGAAUAAUUUGUAUGGUAAAUGUACCACCGUUUUGAAGUUUGUACCAGCCUCCAUUUGGGUGAGGAUUUUAGCUUCUUAAUGAUAAUGUAUAUGUUGGUUUCUUUUUUCUUUUUUAGCAAAAAACCCUUCCCUGUUUUCUAUAAAGUGUCUAAAACAGUCUCUUAUGUAUAAUACUUAGAAAUUGCAAAAUACAGAAUUGAAUAAAGUUUAAAAUAUAAAAA